AUGCAGAGCUGGCAGUUUAAGACCGACCUGUCAGAGGACGAGGCCAACUGGGAGAGCCAGACGCUGUCCGACUGGCUGCUGCUUGGGCACACAGCCUCGCGGCGGUGCAGCCAAGCCGUCGUGGGGGAGAAGUUCUAUCUCACCACGUCCCCCUGCGUGGCCUUCAAGUGGCAGGUGAUGAGCGUGGACGACAGUGGCGUCAUCCUGAAGCGUCCCAGCAAGACCGGCAAUGAGAUCUUCAUGAUGACCGUGCCGGUGCAGAAGAUGAGCAUGAGGCUGUCUUGCCACGAGACCAAUGCGGGCAUCCAUGUCUCCGCAGUUGGCCUCGACCCAUAUGGCGACUGCCGCUUUGAGAGCACGUUUAUCAGGCCCAUCGCCGUCUCGACUCUGCUGGUGCACAUUCUGAGUGACAUGACGGGAAAGCCUGAUUGGUGGACCGACCAGGACGAGAUCAUCUGCUUGGAUUCUAAUUGUGUGCAGACACGUUCAAGCAUGACAAUUGAGCAGUUGGCAAGGGCCAAAGAGCCGGCCAUGAAAAGGCCUGCAAAAGCGCCACCAAAGGUUGUGCAGUCCAUUCUGAAGCGCCCGGCCAGCAGGCGCUAG